CACAAAGUACCGCGUGGCUAGGGAAGACGGAUGUAAACAAAGACUGUGUCCUUCUCAAAAACCUGCAAAUGCGGACGUUAUGCUGAUUUUUCCUGACAUUUAAAAAMAUGUUUCUCUGUCAAGCCGACAGAAUGGACUUUCGCUGUCCAUAAUGCAAUAGGCACACCUUUUGGAAGCAUGGCCUCAAAUUAUUGAGGAAGCACGCCACGAAUCUAUCACAAUGCAGGAAUUGAUGGGCUGAUCAUUGAGGACAUGCAUGACGUUCAGUACACAUUCUCAAUUGGACCAGAGGUAUGGAUUUUAUCAGGGCAGAGGGAUUUAAGUCUUCUCACAUGUUACUGAUGAAGGCCUUUUGAAUGCAUGUGUCGGAGUCCUUUUGCGAUACGGCAAGCAAAUAAAGGCUGAACAUGUACAGAUCUUCACUGAUAUAAAAAAGAAGCACAGCUCCCAUGCCCUGACUUCAGAUGUGAGCAUAGUGGAGACGACGGCCAGAGCAGCUGCGUUUUUUCCUCUCUGACGGGCUCAUUAUCACUGGAACAGCCACAGGGGUUCAGGCAGAUCCAGUGGAACUCAGAGGUGGUGCAGUAGGUGGCCUGUUGGGAUGGUGGAUGACCAGUGAACAGUUCAGACCUCUCCCUCAGAUCAUCAUGGAGCUGCCUCCCCACCAGCAGCAGAGGCUCUAUGCUGAUAUCAUGGCCGUUUUGGGCUCACUGGACUGGACAGACCUGGCCCAGCUGACCGCCCUGGUCAUAGGGAAUGCUACUCUCCAGCAGCAGGUCACUGCUGCCCUACUCAGUUAUAUCACAAAGGAACUGAGAGCAGAGGUGAGAUAUGGGGACUGAUCUACACAGACUGAAUAUCUGGAGGAACUUAGAACACACAUUUGCUGCCUUUUGAAAGAAACGACUUUUUGUACUCAAAUUCAACUCCAGCUUAUUUUUGGAGACUGAAAUAACCUUCAGUGGAAGAGCCCUUAUUUAGUUAAUACAUUGAGGCUCAUGUCAGACCAGUCAUGUUACCCAAUAUCUGAUCAUAUCCUUUGAUAAAGCACUUAAUGGACAAUUCCACCACUUUUUCACGUGAUUUUCAUUACCUCCAGAACAAUACCAGUGUCUACAUAUGUGAAAAUGGCACAUUUCUACGUUUUGUAGAAACAAAUAUGGAGUUAAAAGUUCUACCCAAUGACAUCAUCAAAAGUUAGAACAUAUUUAAAAACAGUGAUUUUCAAACACUUUGAGACUCGCAGUGACGUGAGGAGCAAGAAAAUACCCUCUGGCUCAAACUUUUUUGAAAAUCACUGUUUUGUUACUUUUAAUCCUAGCCUGUUAUGUCACAGAGAAGCAUUUUUUAUGACCUUUCUUAUCUUUUUAACCACAGAUCAUAAAAACGCGCUGUUUUUACAUAC